AUGACUCUGAUAUUCAGAGGAAUGUUGGUCACGUAUCAUUGUCGAGCAUGUGGAGGAAGUGUCCUCGACAUGCACGUGUUAAGGAGCAUGUCCUCAAUGGAUACGCAUAAGAGAGGUUCCCGACAUGCACGUGCUGAGAAGCAGGUCCUCGACGGACACAUGCAUGAGAGCAUUCUCAUUGUACCAGUAUCACUCCGUUCCACUGAUUUGAAUUGUCUCCAACAACUUCCAAAACAAAGAAGGACGGCUAGUACUACAUGGCAUUAUCAUGGUGGAUGUGUUGUUGGUAGGGUUGUUGAUUCUCAUCUUAAGACCUUAAGAAUAGAUUCUCUUAAAGUUAUGGACAAUUCUGUUUUUAGUAUUUCAUCUAGAAUUAAUCCUCAUGCUACACUAAUGAUGUUUAGAAGGUGA